AUGGCGGACAGCGGCGUGGACAUCGCAUCCCUCACAGCCGACCAGCAAGCCGCACUCCAGCAAUACACUGCCGUUACCGACCAAGCAACAUCCGACGCGAUACCAAUUCUCCAACGCGCGCAAUGGAACGUCAACAUAGCAGUAACCCGCUUCUUCGACGGCGAGCCGACCGAAGACCCAGUCGCUGCCGCCGCCGCACAAUUACCGCCGCCCCAAGACAUUCGCCGACAAGAGACACUGCUGAAUGGCUUUGCCUCGCCGCGAUCAUCGACAAGUAGUGGGAGGAGAGUCAGGAUAGAGCCUGCGCCGAGGGUGGUCCCGCAACCAGAAAGCCAGGUCACCACACAAGUUCCGCUGGUGCUUGCGAUAUUCUUUGCACCAUUCUCGCUCGUAUACUCCUUGUUCGCGAAGUCUUUCCGACUAUUAGGCUGGCUAUUUCCCUUCCUACCCCGUGCAUGGGGGAGGGUGACAGCUAGCAAUAUUAACACAUCCGUUUCUCAACGCAGCGCAAGCGGACGCCGACCUUUGAACCCACGAGAUACCGCAGCGCGAUUCAUCCGCGAGUUUGAGGAGGAAUAUGGGAGCCACAGCCUACCAUUCUUCGAGAGCGGAUAUGCACAAGCCUUCGAUCUGGCCAAGAAGAACCUACAGUUCUUGAUGGUCGUGUUGGUUAGUCCCGAGCACGAUGAGACGUCUUCUUUCAUUCGAGAUACACUUCUCGCACCAGAGGUCGUGGAGUUUGUGCGGAACCCCGAGAACAACAUCAUACUUUGGGCGGGCAAUGUGCAAGAUUCGGAGGCAUACCAGGUUUCUGCCGCGCUAUCGUGCACGAAGUUCCCCUUUACUGGUCUCAUCGUACACACACCGCAAGUGUCGUCGACAGCCAUGGGCAUCGCAGCGCGCGUAGCCGGUCCUACAACCCCACAGCAAUACAUUGCAAAGCUAAGACAGGCGAUGCAGCAACACACAGAGCCGCUCAAUCGCGUACGCAGUCAGCGCGCAGAACAACAAGCGACGAGGAACAUCCGAGAACAACAGAACAGCGCAUAUGAGCGCUCACUUGCAGCGGAUCGAGAGAAGGCGCGCAAGAAGAAGGAGGAAGCAGAGCGGAAGGCCCGAGAAGAAAAGGAAGCACUUGAACGCGAGCAAGCCAUCGAAAGAUACGCACAAAAUCUCGCCCAAUGGCGCAAAUGGCGCGCCGCAUCUAUCCGUUCUGAGCCCAGUCCCGAGGAAAAGGACAUCGUACGCAUCAGUCUUCGAAUGCCGAACGCAGAGCGUGUAGUCCGCAAAUUCGCCGCGGAUGCUCAUAUUGAGGAGCUCUACGCGUUCGUGGAAUGCUACGAUAUCCUACAGUCUGAAGAAGGUGCCCAGGAGAAAGUUGAAGAGCCAAAGGACUUCGAGCAUGAAUACAAGUUUCAGCUGGUUAGUCCUAUGCCGCGCGAGGUGUACGAAGUCAAGACUGGUGGCACGAUCAAGGAGCGCAUUGGGCGAAGUGGUAAUCUGAUUGUUGAGCGGACGGAUCUAGAAGAUGAAGAGGAUGAGGAUGAGGACGUGGGACGUGGACACCCACCGAGGUUUUUGACAUAUGAUAGUUACGUUGGUUACGAAUGUGAGAAUUGCGAUGAACAGAGGCCCAACUGCGCAAACUGCGUGAAGCAAGGCACUGUGUGUGAAUACCGACCUUCUACCAACCGCGAGAGUCGUGAGACGUCCCACGUAUCGCCUUUGCCAGCUAGAACACCAGCUUUUACGCCGUCAUCCACGGAUGGUCAUGCCAGUACUCUUGAUCAGCAACCAUUGCCAGAGUUUGGAACUAUCGAUCUUAAUGGCGCAUCCAGCCGGCCUGAUCUGACGCUGAAUAUACCCCAACUACGGCUGCUCCACCACUAUACUACUGUUACCGCCAAAACCCUCGCAGCGCAUACUGAUGCUGAGGAUGUGUGCUCGACCUUUCUGAUACAGACAGCUUUCGAUCAUCCCUACUUGCUUCAGGCAGCUCUUGCACUCAGUGCGCUACACCUGAGCCGGAUCUCAGCUUCAGAAGAGGCUCAGCAAUACUCGUACCAGGCCGAGAAGUACCAUGAAGCAGCUCUACUUAGUUUCCAAACAUCGGUUCGCGACAUCGAUCAUUCGAACUUCAAAGCGGUCCUUCUAUUUGCCGGGGUCCUAUUCCCACACGCAUGUGUAGCUUCAGUUGCAGCUCACACAGAUAUGGAGCAUGCGUUCGACAGCCUGCUUUCCAACCUGGUUUUGACCCGGAGGAUAAGACCCAUGGUAACUGGCUUUUACACAGAAAUGAAGGCGAGCGAGUUGGGCCGCAUGAUUCCGGACGACGUCAAAGAUAUCGAUUGGAUGACAGAAGAACAACCACCCAAUACUGAACUUGUACAGCUGCGCAAGUUCUCGGAGGUCGUCCAUCAUGUCUAUCCUCCCGAUAUCGUGGAUGCGUAUGGCUUCGCCUGCCAUAUCCUCGAGCUGGUAUUCCAGGUCGCGGAAAAGUCUGAUAAGCCGCCUUCCGACGCGUUGCUAAAGAUUUGGAUUCACCUCAUCUCAAACCGCUACAUCGAGCUUCUAUCCGAGAAGCAGCCGGGAUCUCUAAUCAUCUUUGCACAUUACGCUGUCAUGAUGCACAGGGCAGCCACGAGCUACUGGUAUCUGGAAGGACUCGCAGAGCAGAUACUCAUGAUUGCGGACCAUUUGGUUCCUAGCGAGUGGAAGCAGUGGCUCCAGUGGCCCAAGGAGCAGAUACGAGGUGGCUCUGUUCCGCCGACACCAUAUUCAGGACAUACGACAUGA